GUUAAAAGUCAAAACCCCUGCGCGCAACCACCGUCCUCAGUCGGCAUCGCCACCAUGUCACAGCGCAACCGACGCGAACGUGAUAGUGACAGACGCCGAGAUAGAGACGACCGUGAUAGACGCCGAGAUAGAGACGACCGUGACGCUGAUCGAGAAAGAGAUAGAGAGCGGGACCGUGACCGAGGGCUAAGGAGCAAGAAGUCCCGAUCUCGUACUCCAGACCACCACGCUCGUCCUCCUCGCCACGCGCGCUCUCCGGAGAGGUACCGCUCUCGUUCCCGCUCGAUCGACCGCGACCGUAACCGACACCACAGGCGCAGGACUCCCUCCCCCUCUCCGUCGCGGAAACGGCCUCGCGAGAGUUCAGUGGACGACGAGAGGAAUCGCAAAAAAGCUGCUUCUGAUUCCGUCCACGAGAUUGCGAAAGAGCCUGCUAAGAAGAACGAUAAGCAGCCGAGCGGCGGAGGCGAAGCUGCGGAGGAGGAGGGGAUGGAUGUGAAUGAGAUAGAGAUGAUGAAGAUGUUGGGGAUUCCAACUGGAUUCGACUCGACCAAAGGGAAGCAUGUUGAAGGUGCUGACGUCAGUGGGAUCAGGGCUGUUACCAAGCGGCAGCCAAGGCAGUACAUGAACCGUCGCGGUGGCUUUAACCGUCCUUUGCCUGCUGAGCGUAACCGCUAAGCUUUCCUCAAUGUUCUUACAAUAGUCAGAUGGUGAGAGUUUGAGCUGCGUUUUCAAGGUAGUCUUUACCGCAAUUCUACCCCCAGGCUCUGUUCUAAUGUCCUUUAGAGAUCAAACAUGUACUCUCAGAACU